CGGCCCUGUCCCUCUUCUGCCUGCAAACACACACAAACACACCAUAUAGCUUAGCAGUUAUAGCUGCUGCUGCUGCUCAUUAAACAGUCUCCCCAAAACCCUAUUCCCCUCGUAUUAAGCUACUAUAACUAGCAUAUAGUAAGUCAACUUCCCCCCAACCUUCUCUUCAUAAUCCCCCCACUAUUCACUCCAUAUUUUGCAUGUCUUUCCCUUCUGCUCUCAUUCCAUAUCAGUUGAUCACCCUCCAUUUUCACUCAUCCAACCCCAUUAAUUAUCAUACUAUACUACCAAAACACAGUUAAUGAAUGAUCUCCUUGUCUGUGACUCACCACUGAUGUCAACAGACUUGGCAAUAUAUAUAUGAGAGCCUGUGAUGAUCAGCUGCUUUAAUUUAUGGGCCUAUAGUCCUCUCUGCUCUGCUCUUAUAUGGAGAAGGCAAGCUGGACAGACCAGAGCAGAACCAAAAGCAUCCACCUUAUCCCACUUAUAGUAUUCCUACCACUACUACUUUCACCAUCUAGCUAGCUAGCUAGCUUCAUUUCCUAAUUUCCUCCCUUUCUCCCAUUAAUCUCAUCCACAGGCUUCUUCUGCACCAGUACUAUAUAUUACCCAGUAAUGUAUCAACACAGCCUUACUUACUGUCUCUAAAGCUAACACACCUUUGUGUUUGUGGAAAGUAGUCAUUACAUCCUUCUUCUUCUUCUUCUUCUUCUUCUUCUUCUUCAUCAUCAUCAUUCAUACCGUCCAUUUAAUUCAUCACUCAUCCUUUUGCACAAACUCCCUCAUUCAGUCAUUCCCCUCCCCAUAUGCAUGGUCUUCAACAAGCUAUAGCCACCACCUACCCUACCCUACCCUAGCCUAAGUACCUACCCUACCCAGCAGCUUUGCACCCAUUUUCUCCUCCUCCGAUCCAGUCCUCCCUCGCUCCCUGUCUGUUUCUCUGUUUUUUCUUUCGGUCACCCAUUUUCACAAGCAGGUGGUGUGCAAGCUUUGUGAAAACAAGAAGAUGUGGAUGAUGGGUUACAACGAUGGUAGGAAUCCUCACCACCACGAUCAUCAGUUCACCAAUGGCAGCAGAAAGCUUCUUCCUUUCAUCCCAACUACACUCCUCUCUUCCUCAAACACAACUGCUACGACGACCCAGCAGCCUCCAUGGCCGACCCAUCAUCGUCUGCCACCGGCUCCAAUGGCGGCAGAGCAGGGGAAAAUAAGAGACCAAAACUACAACUCACCGAACCUCUACCAGCAGCAGGAAGCGGGGGCGGUGGUGAGCUCGUCGCGAUGGAAUCCGACGCCGGAGCAGCUCCGGACGCUGGAGGAGCUGUACAGGAGAGGGACGCGAACCCCUUCCGCCGACCAAAUCCAGCACAUCACAUCGCAGCUCCGGCGGUACGGCAAGAUAGAGGGCAAGAACGUCUUCUACUGGUUUCAGAACCACAAGGCCCGCGAGCGCCAGAAGCGCCGCCGCCACCUCGACUCCAACAAUAACAACGCCGGCGCCGUUGAAAUGCUUGAUCCCAAAGAAUCAGUAGGGGCUGCAAUGAAUGGGAGAUCAUGCUGCUAUGAAGGAGGAGGAGAGCAAAACAACAACAAAAACUGGGCAGCAGGAAGCUCCUCCAUUAACAACUCCACUUCUUCACAGGAGGCAAUCCCAAUGGUAUCUUCAUCAAGUGGAGGAAGAGAUGGAUGGAACCAAUUCGAGGGAGGAGGAGGAGGAGAGGAAUUAGAACCAGCAGCAGCAAGAAGGAACUUUAUCAUCAUGGAAAGGAAUGCCACGUGGCAGCAGAUGUCCUGUCCACCUCCCACCACCCAUUUCAUAAUCAACCCCACCACUUCUACUGCUGCUGCUAAAACUACAACUGCUACUGCUUCCCCUGCAACUCCCAACACAAACAUUAUAAUUCCAUCAUCAUCAUCCUCCACGGCCACAGCAGCAGUAGUGGUAGUGCCAUCAUCAGCUGCUGUUACUACUACAGCAGCAGCUAGAACAGCAACUCAUGAACCAGCAUUAAUAAUGGACCCAAAGCAGCAGCAGCAGCAGCAGCAGCUCAUAGUCAAGGCAGCCCAUGGUGGUCAGCAUCAAGAUCUCAACAUCUUCCAUUCCCAAUAUGGCCUUCUGCUCAACCCUAAUUACUCCCUCACCACCAACAGCAGUGGCAGGGGUACAGAGGGAAACAAUAAUCAUGGAGUCAUUAUCAAUUACAAGGAAGAUGGUAAUUGUGAUGAUGGUAAUGGAGAUCAUAAUGAUGAGACACACAGAAGUGCAACCCUUGACCUCUUCCCCCUUGGCAGCAGAAAUGUGGCUGAUAAUAAUAAUAAUGGAAAUGGCUACCACAGUUGCAACCAGAGGGAGUCUACUUAUCCAGCAAGAAGCAUGAUGGAUCCCAACUUCAUGGCCACUGCUAACCACCCUACUAGCAAUAACCAUAGUUUCCAAUUCUUUGAGUUCCUCCCACUCAAGAACUGAUCGAUGUUCCAAUAUAAUAUCUUAUAAGCUGAAAGACAAGCUAGCUAGUAGCUAAAGUUAGUUCCUUUUUUUCUUUAGGGGGGAGGUGGGUAUUAAUCAGGAAGAUUUUCCCCUUUGGUUUUUCAUCUCUCUUUUUGUAUUCUUGUUGGAGAUUGGGGACCUAUAUUAAUAUAGCUAGUGGUGGGGAAGGUUAUGUGGCUGAUCAUCUCUUUUUUGGGAUAGUGUUCUGUUUGAUGUAACAUUUCAUGGGAACUACCCUGGUGAGGGAGAGGCUAGUAGCUUGAAUGGUCCUUCAAAUAGGAUAUUCAAGGGUCCCUCCCUCUCUCUCUCUCUCUCUCUUUCAAAGGGGUUUCCUUGGUUCCUUAC